GAAAGGGGGGGAAACCGGAAACAUUGCUUUGGUUUUUUGGGUCGGAAAAUCUGAAUUUUCAACUGUUCUUAGAAUAAAGGGGGGGCGAGCGCGCUGCUCCAACGUCAUGACUCUCUCUGCGUUUGUUGUCUUUUUUUUUUUUGGCCUGUUCGGUUUGUUUACUUCUUGGGUUUCUUGUAUGAUGACGAAAGCUCACAUUUUCAGUCUUUGGCUUCUCUUCUGCUCUAUGCACAUUACUUUUUCCAACUCAUAUCCCAAAUGGCAUAUAAAAGGGACCUUUCUGUCUUUUACUGCAACUCCUCUCUCUCUCUCUCCCUUUCCUCUUGAGUGAUUACCAGGAUUGGGUCAGGGUUUUCUGUUCUUGAAAUUUU